AUGGCUCGUAAGAGCAAUCAAAAAACCAAGGCUACGGGGCUAGCUAGCACCACGAAAUUUGGCAAGCUAGACUACGAAGUCUACUGCCGUUUCAAACGAGCGUUCGCAAAAUGGGGAGGAACAGCGGACCACACGACCUCCAUUAGGCGUGUGGUAGAACGACAGAAGGAAAGCGACGAUGAUACUAACCUCCUCGUCAAGAAGGUCGGUCUGAGGGUCGUCCUUCAGUGCCUUCAAAAACUGCUCAAGGCUAAGGCCUUUUGCAAGAGUACGGAGUUCACGACGAUCUUCCCGGACGUGAAAUGGCCUGUGGAUCCCAAGACUGGGUCGAAAGCCGAGGAAGUGACCGCCCCUACGUUUCCUGUUAUGGGGGACGAGGCGCGGUCCACCUUGGUAUCGACCACAGCCUUGGGACUCACCGGUUCUCAGGCCGAGAACAGCUCUAGUUCUCCACCCGAAAGCGUUAAGCUCUCCGGUGUUGAGGAUUCGGUCCAUGCCCCUCGGGGUAGGACCGGCAUGAGCAAGUCAAAGCGUGAGAACCGGCAGGACCAGGUCCUACGACCGUCCGCCAGUAGGAUCACCAAAGCCAAAACGAAGACUACCGUUCCCCUAAGACCCCGUCUACCGCCCAAUGUUCCAGCCGUGGGGAACUGGAAUAUGAGGCUUCUUGAACCUACAAUGGCGGACGGCCGUACGGCAGCCGACCCACAACAAAACAAAGCCGAAAACGGGGCGGCUUCAACCGUCGAGCCCAACCACCUUUCGGGCACAGAGCAAAGGCAAACCGUGGAGGUGGCAAUCUUAAUUGCCAAAAAAACAUUCUUUGCACACCUCUGUUGUCAAGAGGGUGCUACGAAUAUCAAAGACCCUCUUCAAGCUACGAUGUCCAGAUAUAAGGCCGAGAUGUCAGAGACCGCCCCUGAAAUGCGAUUUGACGCAUUUUUCCAGGCCGAAAACCUGGCUGCAAACCGUGGCCGGAUAGAGCCAUUGGUUCUUGCGCAGAUAUUAUCAGAAUGUCAACGAGAUCUCGACAUACUUGAGGGAUACCAACUCCAUGGAAUUAUGGAGGAGGUAAAGGCAAAGGCAUUGGCCGGAGCCAUGUACUGGAUAAUAGAGCAGAAGAAGGAGCUAGAGGAGCAGCAGAGGCGGGUAUCAGAGUGGGAAAGCACGAUGAAAGGGCUUCUCUCUUUGUAG